CAAUCAUUCAUCAAACUCCAAAGUUUUCUCAGCGGGAGGAGGGACCUAAUUUUCGCCAAGGGGCUGUUCGGUCUGUGUUUGAGUCUGAGUUCCACCAGAGAACCGAGGGCGCACAGGGAACUUAUAAAAUUCCUCCAUUUCUGUUUUAAAGAUGCCUCAUACACACAAGAAGAGACGAAAGGAGCUCAGGGAGUUACGGCCCAGCCACUUGUGACUUCCACAUCUGAGCUUGCCCCUGCCCCUCUGCUCCCAGAACACGCCUCCUUUGUCUUCCCCACCCUUUUUUCUCUGGUUUUUCCUUCGCUGAGAGUUGGAAACAUGCUGCAAGCCAACAGACAGGGCAGAGGCUGACAGACACACACAUACCCUCAGAGUCAUUUUCAGCCAUCAUGGGCCAGAUUUUGAGUUGGAUCCGAGGCCCACGGGAGACCCCGGCACUGCAGGAGGUGGCGGUGGAGGAGCAGUCGCAGCCGAGCCGGGACCCACCCAAACCGUCAGCUCCGGCCUCCACUGGGGAGCCCAAGAAGGCAUACUCAGGAUCUGCCAUGGCUACGAAGCCUGGCGCUACAGGAGGAGGUGCUUCAGCUGGGACAGCCGGAAAAGAGGCACCUAAAGACAAACCCGAGAGUUCCACUGCUCCAGCUGGAAAUGUGUCUGUGCAGGGGAAGAAGGAAGAAGCUAAACCGACACAAGUGAAGACUGCACCUACAUCCCAGGUCAAAGUCACAGCUAAAGCUCCACCUCCUGGCACUGGAGCUGGAGCAGCCGCUAGCGCAGCAGCAACCACGGCGGUGACCAAACCUAAAGAGUCACCCAAAGACACGGCCAAGACUGCACCUGUGUCUCAACAUAAAUCCUCAGCUACAGCUCCACCUCCUGCCACUGGAGCAGCUGCAGCCACAGCCGUGUCCAAACCUAAAGAGUCACCCAAAGACACGGCCAAGACUGCACCUGCCUCCCAAGUCAAAGCCACAGCUACAGCUCCACCUCCUGCCACUGGAGCAGCUGCAGCCACAGCCGUGUCCAAACCUAAAGAGUCACCCAAAGACACGGCCAAGAGUUCCACUGCUGCCACAACAGUCAAGGCUGAAGUGCCUAAAGCUGAUCCUACUAAAACACAAAAGCCUGCUGCAGCAGCCACAGCUGCAGCUGGAAAUGUGUCUGUGCAGGGGAAGAAGGAAGAAGCUAAACCGACACAAGCGAAGGUGCAGGCAGUGAUUCCUUCCACAGCAGCCAAAGGAGCUAAAGAGGCACCUGCAGCAGAUCCAUUUGAUGACCUGGCCAGCAGUUUACCAUCAGCUGAUUCUGUCAGACCCCAAGAACCUAUAUACACUGGACCAGAGGUCACAGAGCAUGUCAUCACCCCUGAGGUGGGUUACAAGUGUGGAGAGAGAGAAGACACACUGCCGCCAGGUUACCGAUUUACAGAUAAGGCUCCGGUUCCUGCCGAGGUUAAACCUAAGGACGUUCCUAAACCAAUGACCGAAGACCAGGCCAUGGAUUCUCUAUCAGAUGAUUUCCUCACAUUUUCUGAUCCAGCUGCAUCUAAGAAGGACGAGAAGAAGGUCCAUGAUGACAGUGUCCGUGCCUCUUCUGCUGGUCCUGCUAACUUUGCAUCACUUCCUGUAAAGGAUGACUCCAUGUCUCUGGAUGCUCUCGAUAUGCUUGGUGACACACUUCCAGCAGACAAACCAAAACCCGAAGCUCCCAAACUCAGACCUGAAGACAUUGUUUCUGAAGGCAAAGUAAAAGACGAGAAGGGCGUGCGAGUAGGAGAGAGGGAGGAUUCAAUUCCUCCUGAAUACAGGCUUAAAGAGGACAAAUCCAAAACCCUGCCUGCUCCUGAACCUGAGCCCAAGAUGGACAACAGCGAGGCUCUGGACAUUUUGUCUGGAGACUUCAUGACCUCCUCAGCAGCUCCUGCCAUCCAGGCUCCUCCUAUCACCCCCUCAUCUGCUCCUGCACAGCCCAAGAUGGACAACAGCGAGGCUCUGGACAUUUUGUCUGGAGACUUCGUGACCUCCUCAGCAGCUCCUGCUGUCCAGGCUCCUCUUGUCACUCCCUCAUCUGCUCCUGUACAGAAAGCGGCUGCAGUGCCCCCUAAAGCUGUGAGCCCUGCUCCUCCUGCUGAUAAGAAAACCGAGGCAGCUGGAGUUUCAGCUUCCACUGCUAAGAAAGUUCAGUCCUCUGCAGCGCCCCCUGCGCCUCCCGUUGAUAAGAAAGGCAAAGCAGAGAAAGUCGCUUCUGGAAAGGAUGCCACUAAGACUACACCCAAAGCUGAGGAUGACUCCAUGUCUCUGGAUGCUCUCGAUAUGCUUGGUGACACACUUCCAGCAGACAAACCAAAACCCGAAGCUCCCAAACUCAGACCCGAGGACAUCGUCUCGGAGGAUAAACUGAAGAAGGAGAAGGGCGUGCGAGUAGGAGAGAGAGACGACUCAAUUGCUCCUGAAUACAGGCUUAAAGAGGACAAAUCCAAAACCCUGCCUGCUCCUGAACUUGAGCCCAAGAUGGACAACAGCGAGGCUCUGGACAUUUUGUCUGGAGACUUCGUGACCUCCUCAGCAGCUCCUGCCGUCCAGGCUCCUCCUAUCACCCCCUUAUCUGCUCCUGCACAGGUACGCUCGGGAUCUGAGACUGUUACAUCCACCGCUGCCCCGAAAGUGCAGUCUGCUGCUUGUGUUCCCACAGAAACUGCCCCGCAGCUGGAAGCAGGAGCAGACGUUGCCCUGGAUGCUCUGUCGGACACCUUGAAGGAUAUCGCACCCGCACCUCAGCCCGCUCCAGUUCCUGCCAAAGACAUUGUCAAGGAGAAAAAGGCUGUUGAAGAGAAGCUGGUUAAGGCAGGAGAGAGAGACGACUCGCUGCCACCAGAGUAUCGACCCACUGAGGAAGAUAUCAAGAAAAUGGCAGAAGCAAAGGCCAAAGCAGCCGCGGCACCCAAAGAGAAGACAAUGGAUGACGAUACAGCCUUGGACUUGCUGUCCGGUGAUUUCUCUGCUCCUGCCAAGUCCACUGCACCAGUCGCACCUUCUGCCGGCACAACAAAGCCGAAACCUCCUGAGCAGGGCUCGGACGCCAAAUCAGACAAAUCAAAGGGCAAGAGCAAGUCAAAGUCUAAUAAACAUCAUGCAGAUCAGCCACCUGCCACUGACCAGCGACCAGCUCAGCUAAGCUCAGAUGUCGUGGUAACAUCCAAAAAGCAGGGGGGCAAGAGCUAGAGCGCCUGGUUGUUGGUGCAGUUUGUCCUCAAGACCACAGGGGCUCAUCAGUGCAGGAGCUGCUCUCUGGAUAACUAUUCUAUUUUUUUAAAUCAUCAAGAAUGUAUAUUGGCUGCAAGACAAACAUAGACAUAACACUCAGCACACACACAAAUACACACAGACACACAUGUGCAUCACCUUUCUUGCUCGGUUUUACACGUAUUCAAAGAUGACAAACUUUUGGUUUCUGUCUCUCAAGAAAAUGAAAGGAAGAUAUGGAAACAGGAUGGAUGUAAAAAAUGCAUGAAGAACAGAGAAAGAAAGGAGGGAAAGUGUUAGGAGGAGAGGAGCUGACACGUUUUUGGUUUUGCUGGUUGGUGUGCUGAGGGAAGGAAGGCGUUGCUCAUCAGACUCCUGCAUGUACAUAUCAGCUGGCAGUUUCUAGUUUUUCCAAUGAUACACUAAUAUCACAACACACAGGCGGUCGAGCCUGGUUGGAGCAGUGAUGAGUGUCAGCUUGCGUGGAAUAAGAGCAGACUGGGUGUGUAAAAUCGGGAUGUUUGUGCAAUCUGAUGUACACAGAGAAGCCAAGUUUCCUGUCAUCAUGUGGUCGUAUGCAAUUAAGACACUAGUUUAUAAUUAGUUUGCUUCUAUUUUUGGACAGAAUAGUUUACAAUAUUGCAUAUGUGGAGGAUUUUCAGGGGUGUUCAGCUUAGUUCUGUAUCUAAGAGCGUCUUGCAAAUGACUUUGAUUUUUUUGUAGAGGAAUAUGUCUACAGAAGGAUCUUUUUAUGCAUUUGGCCUUGUAGCAAAAAUAAAUUACUGGUGUCCAGAAGUGCACUUAUUGAACCAAGGUGGUGACAUGCUUGUAAACUACCCUUUUGUGUACUGUAAAAAAAAAAUAUUUUUGCUUGAUAGAAGGUAACACUGUAUAAUUUUAACAGUUGUCAAUAAUCACAAUAUUUUCCCCAAGUUUUUUCAUGUCAGGGUUUGUGUGGGUGAGUCAUGCAGAUAUAUUGGAAUACCAAUUAAAAAAAAUUAGAGUGGUGUUACAUGUGGAGUCUGAUUUUUUUUGGUAUGUGCCUAAAAUGAGAGAAGUUGCCAUGAAUAGGUGUAAAACAGCUAAAUAAUGGAGGAAAGUUUUCCUACAGGUGCAAGGGAGUGUGUAUGUGCCAAACCGAACAGAAUCUAAGUGCUUUUCUCUACUCCUGACAUAGUGGUUUUUCACUCUGCGUACAUGUGUAACAGCCCACUUCCUUUUGACUUCGGGGGGCUUACAACAAAAAUGUCUUUCUGUACGCCAAGACCCUGAAUGACUAGUGGGGGUGCAAAUGAUUGUUUGGUGUGAAAAAAAAAUAAAAGACAUAAAUAAAGGCAAAUGCAAUUCAUUGCAGCCAAGACAGAA